UUAAUACGUCAACGUUGACUUUCCCAAAUUUAUUGUUAUUCACCUUCCAAGAAUUAUGUGAUUUGUCAAAAAUUUCAUGUUUAUUUAUCCGAAUUCUGGUAAAAAUGUCUCAGCAUGAUAAAAUAGACAAAGAACCUACAGAUUUGAUUCCUGUCGAUGAACAAUUGUGCGAUGAUAUCAAGAAAGGAUCAUUCAAAAUAAACACCUAUCAGUUGAUCAAUCAUUUCUUCAAAUGUGUCCUUGUAGCCAUAGUUAUAUUCAUAUUGCUCGAGAAAAUAUCUAGGAAGUAUGAGAUCCUACAUGUAGCUACCAACUACGAAGAAGACUCUACAGAGGAAGAUACAAUAACCCAAGUAAAACCGAAAGAAAACCUUACGUUCUUUUGUGACCAGAAAGUAGACCUCGAAAAUGACAGUAUGGAAGCUCUAUCGUUACUUCGAGAUGACGUCAUAAAUUUGAAGCAGCUAGUUUUGAAGCUUGGUGAGCAAUUGAGAGAAAGGAGAAGAUUCGAGUGUAUCACAAAGAAAGAGCUGUCUAAGAUUGAAGAUAGGGUGAAGAAGGUUUUGACAGAAAGUGACACGGUUGAUACGAAAAUACGCAAUGCGUUGCAUACGUACGAAGCAGAUAAAGUUGCACUUUUUGAUUAUGCUGCAAGUUAUGCUGGAGGUUCAGUUGUCUCGGUAUUGGAUACUAUGCCAGCACCGACUAAGAAAAUUUCUCAGUUACUUGGAUUCUUCAGGUUAGCCAGAGACUCAUCUCCUGAUCAAAUUGUGAACCCUAGCUGUUUACCUGGAGAAUGUUUCACUUUUCUCGGCAAUACGGCAAAAAUAAUUAUAAAAUUAGGAAAACCGAUUAUAAUCGGUUCUAUCUCGAUAGAACAUAGCUUCCUAGUGGAGGACCUAUCUUCAGCUCCAAAGGAAUUCCAAGUUUCGUCCUUGCAAGAUCAGACCGAAACUUCUAAGGAACUGGUGGGAAAAUUUACCUACGAAGUGAAAAACAAGCAAAACCUUCAAACUUUCGAAAUUCCCCAUAGAUCGAACAAAAAGACAGAAUACUUGUUGUUGGAAAUUCUGAACAAUCAUGGACAUAACGAGUUCACUUCAAUUUAUAGAUUCCGUGUACAUUCCAUAUGAGAAAAUAUUUGUGCGAUAAAAAGAGAAUUAAAAUCGAAAUAAUGA